UCUCGCCUCACCGUUAGGCGUGCAGGGGUCUGAUUAACCUGUAGGGAUACGUUCUUGGCCAAGGAGGGGGUCAGUUCGUGGGUUUCUGGAAUAAAUGACUCUACAAUGGCGGGGAUUAAAGGGAUCAUGAAACGCCCAAGCAUUCCCAUCAGGGGCAGUCACAAGGACUCCGAUGUAGAAAACAAGUCCUGCCAGUCCCCGGUGAAAAACACCGAUAACAAACUUCCCUCACUCGUGAAAGAAGACCGCAUUGGCGAACAAAACCUUCUCGGAAACAGUUUGACUGCUAAACUCAAGAAACACUUCCCGACAGAAUGUUCAACGAGGAAAGUCCUCCAGAAGAAGAAUAGCAGAGACAAUGUGUUCCAUCUCACACAGACAAAUGACGGAUUGGAUGAUGAUGUGUACGAAAAGAUUCGUCGUCAGCAGCAGGUAAAGAAACAUGCAGAAUGGAGUCGUAGGAAACAGGAGAAGCUUCAGUCCAGACUCAUAUGUUGGGCAGCUGAGGCAGAGAGAUUUUUACCGCAGAGCUGCCAGGGUGAAAGAAAAGAGACAGAAAAUCAGGGUCCUCCUGUUGCUAAGGAGAAGAUAAAGUUUGAUGACUUCCCCAGAGGUCGGGGCAGCUCCGUGAUUAGCUAUUCCUCCUCCUUUGAUGAAGACAGUGUGAGAAUGAUGAAGAAAGAUGGAGUGUUCCGUCCUGUGAACAAAUAUGGCACUUCCCGCCUUCUAAGAGGAGCAGACGACCUUCCUUUUUCGAACACUCUCAUCGAUUAUGAAACUGUGACAUUGCCUUUGAAAGAUAGAACGAGGGAACAGAAUGAAACAGAACAUUGUCGGGGGAAGAAGGGUUUAUCUGUGUCCUGGAGUGCUCAGUGCUUUCAUAAUGAUCCAAGUGACGAAAAGAAGUCGGAAAAAGACUCGAAGUCAGGCUCUGCGAAAAGUUUUAGGAGUGAGCCGAUUGCAUGGAAGAGACCGACCUUUUCCUCAGGCAGGAGCAAAGUUGAAAGAGUCGGUGUGAUGUGGAAACUACCUCCUCAGAAACGGAUCCCGAGUACAACACCGUCUCCGAAGCGAGUAAAGGUGUCCAAAGACUUGACCCCAGUAACCUCCGGUCUUGAUCGAGAAGGGACUUCCGCCGCCAAGACUCGCUGGCGUGUGAAGCCCAGUGGCUCCCCCGAGUCGGAAUAUGGUAUGGAGACAGCGUAUAACAUUCGCGGUUCCUUGAAGGCUUUACGGCAGAUGUCGUUCCGUGGAAAAGUUUCGCCCAGAAAGAUGACAUUCUCGGGUUCGGAAUCUGUGUGCUGUCAUUCUGGAUAAAACAUGCAACAGGCGUCAAGGUUGUACCAGAUAACGACAUGUCGUAAGUGAGUGUCACUGUUACGACAACUUAAUGUUACGACUAAUCGGUCAAAUAUCACUUUGUACCGAUUGACGUAAUACCGACACAGAUUUGUUACUGAAUGUUAAAGUGAGAAGGUCACUUUAGAUAUGUCGUAAGAUCGCUUUGAGGAUUAAACCAAGUACCCCGAAGCCAGUUCAAGACACGUACCUCAAUAUUCCCUCAAUACUCAUAAAUGAGAUUAUCAUAGUAGGCAACUCUUUGAACUAACACCAUUACUACCACACAUUAAACAUGCCUCGCUUCACCCUAAGCAGUUUGGUCUAGAUUCUACAUAAUCCCAAAUUCACCUAAAACUAAUUGAUGCGUAACACAAAGCAACGCUCUUAAACUAUUACACAACCUGCACUUAUGUCGUCCUUGGAACAUUUUUACACAUUUAACUGCAGUAUUUAUAUAUUAUCUCUCCACGACCACUAUACAGCUGUAAUGUAGCUAUAUACGACAUGAUAUACCUCAGGUUGUAAUAUAGCUAUAUACAACGUGAUAUACCUGUAAUAUAACCAUAUACAGUAUGAUAUACCUGUGAUAUAGCCAUAUACAGUUCAUUCACUUCUCUUAACGCCGAAAAACCUGGUUGAAUUCCCCACAUGGGUACAGUGUGUGAAGAACACUUCUGGUGUCCCUCGCCGUGAGAUUGCUGGAAUAUUGCUAGAGGCGGCGUGAAACUUAACUCACUAACUUCUCUGAAGGCACAAUAAAUGGAAGUGAGCGUGUAUGUAACUGCAAUCAUCCCCAAAAUGGAUUCAUUACUAAAGUUGGUGACGAUAAGUAAUGUUUAUCACAUAACAACUAGCACAUAUGAUCUGGUAAAAAGGUAACCAAGCGUGAUCUCCUGAUAUGAACUUAAGCCAAACAUUUUUAAAAAAAAUUAAAUUUCGUCGGUUUAGUUUAAUUUAAGUUGAUUUCCUAAAAAAUAUUUUUUACUGGCAAGACAUAUUGAUUACAUGCUCCUCCAUGUUGUUGUUACCUUUCUAAGAUAAAUUGUUUUAUUGGUAUUGUAUUAAUUCUGAACUUCCGAUUUCAAACGUGAAACACUUCGCUUCAAGAUCAUUUCUCUUCAACGUUUCAUGCUCCUAUUACUAAUCAUACACACGAACCUGGCAAAUAACGCUAUUUUCAUAUUACGAGUAUGAAGGGUAAAAUGUAAAGAAACAACCCAAAUCUCGAAACUGGUGUACAACUCAUGCUUUCAUGCAUGAUAAACCACGUAAAUAUGAUUUGAUGAAUACUAUUUUAUAACAAAUCCAUGGGCCCACCAGUACACUUUAAAACCACCGAAAAAGAGAAACACUGAAUUACGUGAUUCUGUAAUAUGAUCACAUGACGACACACGUUUAUGAAAAAUAUUGUACGAAGCUCUCAUAGAAUAUAACCAAAACAGUAUAUUCUGUAUAUAAAACCAACAUUGGCAACUGUCUGUUGCUGUCACAUCCGAACUAUACACAGACAUGGUAUGGGUAACUCUGCUUAUAUAGUGUGUGCUAUUCAUACUUUAUUUUGAUCAAAAGCUAACAGACACUCAGUUCACCGGCGCUUGAUAUACUCAAACACUAUAGAAACGCAACACAUACUUCGAAAGGAAGUUUGCAAAGAUACAGUAACAACACAGAUACAGGACAGAGUAAAUGUUGCGUUUUUUAAGGCCUUUCAGUAUAUAAGUGCAUAUCAAAAUACCAACUUGUUCCAAUAUCCAGUCUUUCAAUGGAAAAGCUAUGCAUCUCCAAACAUAAUCAUUUAACACGUAUUUUAUACAAUUAUAUAUCUUCCCCUAACUGCUGCACUGUCAGAGCAUUUACACACGAACCUGCAAGAAUCAAUAAAAGCAUGUCCGUGUUCA